AAACCUAUAAAUAAAGGACCUCAUAUGGCUUCCAAUUUUCCUUUACACUAUUAUAAAAACACUUUCUUCUUCGCUGAAUCUCUCUGACUCUGAUUCAGUGAUUCUAAUUCUUAUUAGUUUUAUUGGGCUUUCCGAUCUCAAUUCUACUCUUAACUCAGUAUUAUGGCUAUUAUAACAACAACAAGGAGGACUGAAAGGUUCAGUGGUACAACACCACCAACAUGUAAGUACUGGCUAGCUGGGAGAUGCAACAGGAAUCCUUGCAAAUUUUUGCAUAGCUUAUCGACAUUGCCAUCCAAUGUACAUAAUGCCAAUAUGACAUAUAUGCAUUCGAAGAAUCCACAUUUGUCUGCUGAGAAGAUGGCCAGUUCCUCUGUUAAGAAGCCAACAAAUUGCGCACCCAAGGCCUUCAAGAAGCCAGCAAAUUGUGCACGAAAGGCUGUUGAGUGUGGAUCAGAAACUAUGUCUGUUGAGAAGCCAACCCAGUGUGAACAAAUGGAUAUAUCCAUUGAAAAGACUGAAAGUGUGGAAGAAGUGGCCACUGUUGCUAAGUCUCCUAUGGAGAAAUCACGCAGUAUUUGUAAAUAUUGGAUGACUGACAAUUGUGUGCAUGGUGACCUGUGUCAGAAUUUGCAUUCAUGGUUUUAUGGUGAUGGGUUUACUACACUUGCAAAGCUUCAUGAACACAAGAAGGUUGUCACUGGAAUUGCAUUACCUGCUGGUUCAGAUAAACUUUAUUCUGGUAGCACUGAUGGCACAGUUCGGGCAUGGGAUUGCAACACUGGCCAUUGUGUUAACAUGAUCCAUCUUAAUUCUGAAGUUACCUCGCUCAUAUCUGAGGGCCCAUGGAUUUUUGCCGGCGUGAAGAAUGCUGUAAAGGUAUGGAAUAUUCAGACGGGUGCAGAUGUUACUCUUGAUGGACCUAAAGGGCAAGUCCUUUCCUUGAAUGUUGGCAAUGAUAUCCUUCUUGCUGGAGCAGAGGAUGGUGUUAUUUAUGCUUGGAGAUACAGCUCUGAUCCCAAACCUGAGUCUCCUUUCGAACUGGUUGCAACACUAAGUGGUCAUACUAAACCGGUGGUUUGUCUUGCUAUUGGAUGCUACAAGAUGCUUUAUUCUGGGUCAAUGGACCAUAGCAUCAAGGUGUGGGACCUAAAUACAUUACAGUGCACAAUGACACUUAACGGGCAUACCGACGUAGUCACGUCACUUCUUUGUUGGGAAGAUUACUUAUUAUCGAGUUCAUAUGAUUGCACAGUCAAUGUUUGGGUGUGCACUGAGGAGGGAACUCUGAAAGUGGCAUAUACUCACACUGACAAAAAUGCUAUUCUUGGACUAUAUGGAAUGACAGAUGCAGACGCCAAGCCAAUAUUGUUCUGCUCGUGCCAAGACAAUUCAGUUCGCAUGUAUGAGUUGCCGACGUUUUUAGAGAGAGGUCGACUAUUUACAAGACGAGAAGUUCGAUCCUUCGCGAUAGGUCCUGGUGGACUCUUCUUCACUGGAGAUGGGACUGGUUUGCUGAAUGUGUGGAGAUGGUUGGAAGAGCCAAAGGUGCCAACCUCUUGAACUACAACAAAAAGAUCUUUGUAGGAGGAGAGACUGCAUGAUCAUUGGCACUGCAUCACAUAGAAAAUGUUUGUCAAUUGUCAGUGAUGAUUAUUCCUUAAACUAUGUUUGGUGAGGGUACUCUUUUUCCUCUUAUUAGGGUAGGUAUUAGUGUUUUAGCAUUUGAGGUUUUAAUGAGGCAUCACUAACAUAGGCCGAGCAGAAAUAAAACCUCGGUGGAACUUUGAAUGUAUAAUGUAACAACAUUCUAUGUAUGAUACAAUUCUCAAUAAGAUCAUAAAUUUUGAAAA